AGGAGAUUGUCAGCAUGAAAUCAAUGAUAUUUGGCCUUCUCGACAACAUCCCAAUACCACUGGAUUACGAUAAUCAGAUGUGCAGCCAGAUGCUCGCCGGCCGCUGCCCAGCCAAGGCGGGCCAGGAGCUGACGUAUGCCGUGGACCUGCCCGUCGCCGCCGACAUGCCGGCCGUCGGUAUCACGCUCGAGUGGCACAUCACCGACCAGCACGACGCCACGGUCCUCUGCGCCCUGGUGCCGGCACAGUUCACCUGAACAGGGCAGGGCAGUGGCGGCCGUGGGCCGCGGGACCUGGCCCGUCUCGGCCGGCGGAGAGCCGACGGGGUCGCGGAGGACGUGAGGGUGCAAGAUGAACAGCGAAGGGACGCUAGACGUGCUCGGCGGGCAGUGAGCUUGCUUGCGAUCGGCGUCCGUGGGAUCUUGUGCUGUCCGCAUUUGAUUUACCGGUUUAUGGGUGCGUGAUCACCAAGAAGCAGUGUUCAAUAACAGAACACGGAAGGUAAACGCCACACGGAUCUACACAUGUGAGCGAUGGGCGCAAAAUGACCCUAGACGUCGACGCGCCCUAAAACCCCAAUCACAACAUGUGAGCGAAAAUGUGGUGCGCGUUAUCCACGAAGGUACACAAUAAAAA